UGCACCAAACCCAACACGCCCGACCCCGAGAACAGCUGUCUAUGAUGGGUUCCUUCUCCCUGUUAUGAGGUUGUUUUUUUUCCUCUUCUUCUCUCAGUUAGCGUCGUCACUCGUUUGGCUUACAGGGUUUCCCACGAUUUAUUGGUCAGUUCCCAUGAUUUUUUGGUGCGUUCCCACGAUUUUUUGGUCGUAUCCCAUAGAUUUUUGGUUUGUUCCCAUAAUUUAUUGGUAUUUUCCGAUUGGAUAUCAAUACAAUUGCACCAAAAAAUUCUGGGAAACGACCAAAAAAUCGUGGGAACGCACCAAACAAACAUGGGAACCCACCAAAAAUUGAUGGGAACCAACCAAUAAAUCGUGGGAAACCCUGUAUCGCUAAAAAUGUCGACCAGUCAAUAAUUACGCGUGUCAACCCGCGGACGCGUCGUGCGUAUACGUAUACGCCCGAACGGUGGCGCAAAGCAGCAGUUGUGUGGCGGCAGGCAGUGUUCCGGUGCGCUUUCCGCGUCCGACCGGGAGAUUUAAAAUCAUCGCCCCGGACAAAAUUAGUACCAAUCAUCAAGGUGCUACUACACCCCAUAAUAAUAGCUGAAUUUUCGAACCUCCUCGCUCGAUAGCGCAAACGAUGGCAUCGGUGUGAGGUAAAGGAAGGUGUGCAAACAGCCAGUUACGCGACGAUACUUCAUCGGUGCAAAUCAUCAUCAUCUGCAGGCGCAUUAGCAGCGUGUCAGCCUACCUUACUGAGCGUCUUUGAACCGAUUGACACAAUUGACGACCAAAAUGGGCCUGCUGGACGAGAGUGGCAUCCUGUACGUGAUAGCGGACGUGCUGUCGAUCGUCACCAUCGCGUCCUGCCUGGUGUCGAAGGUGCCGCAAAUACAAACCGUCCGCCAGCUGCAAUCCGCCAAGGGGCUGAGCGUUAAUGGGCUGCUAAUGGAGCUGUGCAGCUACACCGUCACGAUGCUGUACAACUACACGAACGGGUACGCCUUCCUUUCCUACCUGGAGUACCCGAUACUGCUGGUGCAGGAGUACGUGCUCAUCUACUACGUGCUGCAGUAUGAGUCACUGCUCGGCAAGCGCGCCUACCAGUGGGCUGCAGUCUAUGUGGCGGUGUUUGUUGGCUUCGCUACCGCCAUCGUACCUUCCUCGCUGCUCAUGAUGCUGGUGCCAUUUACCACACCGGUCGGGGCGACGAGCAAGGUAAUGCAGCUGAUCGCCAUCCUCCGCUCGAAGGACUCCCAAUCGGUCAGCCUGAUCACGUGGGGCAUAUCGGCGUUCACGAACUCAACUCGCAUCUACACGAUCAUGCUGGAUUCGGGCGAUAAAAUGCUGCUCGCCAACUUUGGCAUCUCGACCGUGCUCAGCAGCUCGGUGCUGCUGGCCGCGUGGUACUACAAAAAACCAAAGAAGGACUAACGCUCCUACCAUCGGCGCACGACCACGCAUCCCAAUACUCUCUUCGCGCCGCGUGCAUUGCCUUGAGAGCGCUUGUCCGCUUUCUUUUACUCAAUCAACAACACCAACCAACCAACCAACCACCACCACCCAUUACGCUUAAACUUUAAUGCACUUUUAAGUAGCAGUGACACAAAACAGCCUGCUAGAAAAUCGAGUUGUGCAUUCUCUUUUGCACAUAAGACCCGAUUUGGGACGUCGAAACUUUUGUUAAUUAAUUUUAAUUAAAACAAAAAAAAAUUACCGAACAAAUCUUUUACCAAUCGGACCUGAACCUACGUGUAGCAAUUUACGAACAAUUAAAAAAAAACGAACAAAGAAACUAAUAAAACAUUAUUUAAAUCGCUUUA